UGUCGACGGUUGAAGAGAUCUAAUUUUCAGCGGAAAAAAGAGUUCUACUCUGAAAUUGGUAGGGUUGCUAAGCUCGUUGUUGCUGUGAAAGGAUGCUGCUAUGAUCACGGAAACCGCUACAUCGUAUAUGAGUUUGUAAUAAACGGACAGUUGGAUAGAUGGCUAUACCACGUACCAAGGGGUGGUAGGAGCUUGGAUUGUACCAUGAGGAUCAAAACUGCGACAACUCUGGCCAAGUGUUCCUGCAAGGUCAAGCCACACGUUGUGCACAGGGAUAUACGUGCAAGCAACGUGCUACUUGAUGAAGAGUUUGGUUCCCACCUGAUGGGGGUUGGUCUUUCGAAGAUUGUUCCAUGGGAUGUAAUGCAUGAGAGGACUGUGAUGGCUGGUGGAACCUAUGGAUAUCUUGCCCCGGAGUUUGUAUAUCGGAAUGAACUCACAACAAAGAGUGACGUGUAUAGCUUUGGGGUGUUGCUGCUUGAAAUCUUAAGUGGGCGCAGGCCUUCUGAGCAAGUUGAACCAGUAGGUUGGCAGAGCAUAUUUGAAUGGACAACACCUUUAGUGCAGGCCCAUCGCUAUCCGGAGCUCUUGGAUCCGCUCAUAUCUUCAUCAAGUUCUGAUAUUCCAGAAGCCGGUGAUAUUCAGAAGGUGGUGGACCUCGUGUAUGCUUGCACGCAAAAUGUCCCUUCUAUGCGGCCGAGAAUGUCUCACGUUGUUCACCAAUUGCAGCAGUUGGCUCAGCCAGCCGUCACAAAAUAACUUAAGUUGUACAUCCG